AUGUUUCAGGGGCAGCGCGGUUGGUUCUGCCGCAGCGUGGGUCGGGAUCUGACGCAGUUCUGGGUGGACGAAGGCGGGAUGGUCAGUGACGCGCAGGCCGCUGACUUCCUGUUCAGCUGCGAUGCUUCGCACCCUGACACGCAGAGAAUAUACCAGAGCCUCGAUUACCUGGAAGAUAAUGCUACAGUUUUUCAUGCCUACUAUCUCUCUGCAGUAGCUAAUGCUGAAAUAAAAAACUCAGUGGCCUUAGGUCAUUUCGUUCUUCCUCCUGCCUGUCUGCAAAAAGAAAUACGAAGAAAAAUUGGUAGUUUUAUUUGGGAACAAGAUGAAAAUUUUCUGAUAGAAAAGCAGGAAAAAAUAACAUCAGAUGAAAGGGAGAGCAGUGAACUAGCAACAGAACACAAGAAAGAAUUAUCCAAAAGUGCAGAGAAGCAUUUUAUAAGGACUCCAGUCAUAGAAAAGCAGAUGUACUUCCCACUUCAGAAUUAUCCAGUAAACAACAUGGUAACAGGUUAUAUAUCGAUCGAUGCUAUGGAGAAAUUCCUGGGGGAGUUACAUGACUUCAUUCCUGGGAGUUCAGGAUAUUUGGCAUAUCAUGUUCAAAAUGAAAUUAACAUGUCUGCUAUAAAAAGCAAAUUAAGGAAGAAGCCAAAUUAA